UUUGAAGGUCAAAACAUCACACCAAAGGGGCCAAAAUGUGCCACGCGUCACAUUACUGAACGUGCGUGCGCAGACUCGCCAGGUCACCGCCUCACGCGCAGUUGCUCCAUCAGGUACUCCCCUCCCACACUCCCGCUUUGCUCUCUCUACCAUGAGACGGGCUACUCCACCGUUCCAGGUCCUCGCCGCCGCCGCCGCUUCUGACGCCAACGCCGCCAUUAUGUUUCCGAAUAAGCAUCCUCGUGGACGGGGAAGAGGAUUCUUCAACCGUCCCUAUUCCGGUGGGAGGCAACAGCUUGUGACUGGCGACGAGCACUUCCAGUCAGUCCAUGAUGUCAAUUCGGGGUACCGGCGAGAAGAAAGCGGAAGCUUCGCGAACCCCCGGCGAGACCGGAAUCCACCUUUUAAUCCAAGACCUUCCCCACCUUACCAUCGGAACCCACAGUUUCGUCACCCUUCUCCUUCUAAUCAUGCUCAACAGUUUCGUCACCCUUCUCAUCACAAUCAUGCUCAACAGUUCCGUCAUCCUCCUCCUCACAAUCACUCUCCUCCUUACAAUAGAGCUCAAAAGGUUCGACCGCGGCCUCCGGAUUACCGAGAUUGGGAGUAUGCUGCUACGCCACCUCCCCCUGAUUGCGACCGGUUUAUAAUUCUUUCAUAUAAUAUAUUGGCUGACUACCUUGCUAUUGAUCACCGGAGCAAACUUUACUCUCACAUACCUCCUUGGAUGUUGGACUGGCAAUGGAGAAAGAGAAAUAUACUUUUUGAACUUGGAUUGUGGUCGGCUGAUAUCAUGUGUCUACAGGAGGUUGAUAGAUUUGAUGAUUUGGAGGAGGAGUUGAAGCACCACGGAUACAGCGGCAUCUGGAAGAUGCGUACGGGUAAUCCAGUUGAUGGUUGUGCGAUCUUUUGGCGAACAUCAAGGUUCAAUUUGCGGUAUGAAGAAUGCAUUGAGUUUAAUAAGAUGGGGCUUAGGGACAAUGUCGCUCAGAUAUGUGUGCUAGAGUUAACAAAUCAAGAUAGAUGUCCACCAUCAAGCCCAACGAGCUCUAAUAAAGUUGUGAUUUGUAAUAUACACGUUCUUUACAAUCCCAACAGAGGAGAAAUAAAGCUUGGUCAGGUUAGAGUGCUACUGGACAGGGCUAAGGCUGUUUCUAAAAUCUGGGAUGAUGCUCCAGUUGUUAUCUGUGGGGAUUUUAAUUGUACUCCAAAGAGUCCAUUGUACAACUUUAUUUCAGAACAAAAGUUAAAUUUGGCCGGACUAGAUAGGGAUAAAGUAUCAGGACAAGCUUCUGCUGAGAUUCGCAAACCAAGGCUUAAUGUCCCUAAUUCUAGUGAAAGAUCUGCAAAUGGUUCUGUUCAAGACAUAUCUGCUCUGGGUAGCAAGGAAGUUUAUGUUGAACAAAAUACUUGUUCCUCAGACAUGCAGAAGUCGGACAAUCAAGGUAACAUGGUGGAAAGUCAGUAUAAUCAGAUUGCAUCGGAUAUGUCUACUAAGUCUUCUACAGAUGUGCAAAGUGAAGAUGGGAGCGGUGCUUCAUAUAAUGCAGAGUAUAUUCAGCAUACUACUGUAGACAAUUAUAUGGCUAGCAAUGAAGCUGAUGGUGCAAAAGAAGAGUCCAUUGCAUCUUCUAAUGAAGAAAAAAUAUCAGAGGCCGUCUCUUCUUCAAAUCCAGAAUCAGCGAGUGAACAAUUCAACUUGGAUAUUCCUAAAGGAAAUAAACACACUGAGUUUGGCAAUUGCUCACCCUCCCUUGGUGAAGACAAUCAAUCUUUCGGGGUUGAAUUAAAUCCUGAGUCAUCAGAGCUGCCCGGUGUAGAAAUUUCUUCAACUAACCCUUCUAGUCAGAUGUUAGUUUCUGAUUCUAUUAAAACCUCUCAUUUGACAUAUGAAAAAAGCCCAUCAUUUGAGCUGACAUCUGAUGUCCAAGUGAGUGGCACUUUAACCUCAUAUCAAGCUGACAAAUCAUGGCAAUCUGCGGACAAUGACCUUUCAUUAGAUGAGAAACUGGAGAAACUAUCCCUUGAUGAGGUGGAUAAAGAUAUAUUGGGCGGUGAAAAUAGUAGGGAAGAUAUUGAUGCCUUUACAUCCGCAUUACAUAAUGAUCAAGAAGGGUUCCUGCCGUCAUUUGGGACAGAUCUUGAAAAGUCAGAGAGUACCACUUACAAUCCAUCCUUGUGGACUUCUACGGAGAUAGAGACUGCAACAGGCAACUCAGAUUGCACCUUCUUGGAGCACUCUCUGCCUCUGAGGAGCACCUAUGUUGAAGUUAUGUAUUGUCCGGGAACUAGGGACCCUAAUGGAGAACCCUUGGUGACCAGUUAUCAUCGACGCUUCUUGGGUACUGUUGACUACAUUUGGCGAUCUGAUGGUCUCCAGACGAUUAGGGUGCUUGCUCCGAUACCCAAACAUGCUAUGGAAUUCACUCCAGGAUUCCCAACAAAGAAGUGGGGUAGCGAUCAUAUUGCAUUAGUUUCCGAAUUGGCGGUUGUGAAAGGUGUUGCCGAUGUCAGCGCGGGCAUUCAAUAGCAAUUUACUCAGUAAUUUACUCAACUUUCCUUUAAUUUCUCUUUCUUUCUUUUUUUUCCCCCCUCCCCUUCUGAUAAGAAUGUAACUUUUCAAUUUUGAAAUCGCCAAAUUUGGUUCUGAGGAAAUGUUUUAGGUUGAGAGGUCCGGUCAACGUAUUUUAAGGAUAAGAUGUAUCCCAGCCGUAUAUCUUUGUAAUUUCAUUAAUUUAGUUAUCCUCAAAUCGAUGUUGUGGUUGUAAAUAAAAUAGAAAAGAAGUAGAAGUUGGGGCUAAGGGGCUAGAUUAUUUUAGGGGAAAA